UCUGUGGCAGGAAUUCUCCUUGCAAUGGAGGCCUCUGUGCCGCAUGGCCAAGUUCAGGAGCACGCGUCGACGGCUGCUGAAGCGCUCAUGGAGCUCGGAUGUCGCUCCACUUCGUCUGAAGAGGUUGAAGGCGAUUCUGAACGGACAGCCGAACGGGACGUGGAACCCGUGACAGCUCAAGGCGAUGAGGAACGGGCUGGUGAACGGAAUGCUUCACCGACAGCUGAACUGACAGCUGAAGGCGGUGCUGAGCCCAAGAUAGUAGCUCAAGGCGAUCCUGAAUCGAUGGUGGCGAGUUCCACGCUUCACGGCAAAAGUCAAGAUCACUCCCCUGCUUAUGUCGCGGAUGAGUCCCCCAAGGGAGUCGAGGAUGAUGCCGUGUUGCGGGAAGCUGGUGAGGGGGAAAGAAUGGAGCUAGACGUUGGUGACGCUGCUGAGAAAUACGAGAAAGAUUUUACUGAUGAGAAAGAUCGGCGAAGUCUGAAUGUCGCGGAGGGGUCUCGCCAGGACGAGACGCACAUCGCAGGGAACGAGGACGCGACCGAGGAGAGGCGAAGCGACAAGGCGUCAUCCCCUCCCCAGAAAGUCUUGCACGCACAUCAUGUGGGUGAUGACGACCAACCAGCGGAUGACCAUGUCGAGCGCACCGGAGAUCACGAGGAUCGCGUGGCGAAGCGGAUCAUCAGCAGCAGCCCUCUAACUCCUGCGGGAACUCAAACGCCGCAGGCGGCAGAAACCAGAUCGGUGCAGACGCCUGCCACGCAGCCGCCGCAGCACACGCAGUCGGGGCUGACCGUCCCUGGAGUGCCAAUGCAACCCGGCCUUCCGUUACAUGUGCCAGACGGCGCGCUGGUGUCGCUGGUGCCGGCCGCUCCCGAGGACGGGCAGCUGUGGAUCCAGCCGUCGCAAUUCGUGGCGGCGCCGCAAUUCUUCGGCGGAGGGCAAUUUGUGGGCGGAGCGCAAUUGAUGGGGGGAGCGCAACUCGUGAGCGCUCCUGGACUCGGCGGCGGCAUGAUGCAAGCGGGGCCUCUUUCGUUCUUCCGCGCAUCGUCUUUCUCCGCUCCUGUUUCCGCGACGGGCGUUGAGGGAACGUUCGGCGGCGACGGAGACAACGCAACAGCGCGUGGCGUUUCAGGGGAUUUAUUCGGCGGGAACGCGGGCGAUGAGGUGAUCGAAGGCUCGUGGGACGACCUGAUCAUCUGCACUCCCACCGGCGGGUUUCACGGCGGGUUACACGGCGGGCUUCAUGGCGGGAUACACGGGCAGAUGGGCUGGGGGGGGGAGCGAACCAGCCGAGGGGGUCGCCGCACGCAGCUAUGGGAGGGCGACCCGCAGCUCGUGUACCGCCUGCAACAGAGUUACCACGCAGAAGACACCGCUGUGGCAGAUCCGAAAGCCGACCCAACGGUUCUUAUAACCGGCGCUGAGAGCACCCCCGUUCGAGACGACGGGGAAGAGGAGGAUUUGCACGCGGGAACUCGGGAAGCGCGGGAAGCUCGGGAAGCUGCGACGCCCCCAGGGAUGGUACCUGAGACCAGGGAUAUCGCGGAGACGGCUAGAGCGGGGGAUAAUAUUGCGGGGGCACAGUUGCCGCUGCAGGUGAAAGUGGAAUUCCCGACGCCAUCGCCUCGAGGCGGGCUGACCUCUCCUAGUAGCAGGGGCGGGUUGGGCUCUCCUAGCAGGGGCGGGCUGGGGUUCUCGUACCACUCGCCCAUCCCGCUGUGCUCGCCGUCCCCGCUGCGCCUCUGCGCCAUGGAGCUUGGGGACAUGGCGGAGCCGAAUCUGUGGCUGUCGCCGCCUGCCAGCACCAAGUACACGCUUGAGAAGCUUGGGGACUUCCCGCCGUUCUCGCCGCGACUGCCGGCGAUCAUGCGCGGCUACAGCGCAGGGUUGCCGUACCUGGACCCAAGCGCGCACCAGCAGGCCGUCAGGAUGUCGCCGUCUAGGGGAGCGCCGUCGGGAUUCGCCCCGCCGCAAGCCCCGGGCGGACCAAGCGCCGACGCCACAGAAAGCCCGCCAGCCCCCUCCGCCGAUUCCGCCGUUCCGCAAUCCGGUCUUCCAGCGGACGAGAGAGCCGCAGCUGCUACGCGGAAAACGUCGGACGAUCGGGAGCCGACGAACGAUGUGGGUGCGAGGAGGGAGGGCGGGGCGGCGGAAUUGGCGCGGAUGGUCAGCGCGCCGGGGAGCGGAGUGAGAUACGUUGGGAUGCGCGGGCGGUCGCUGUUGCAGCAGUGCCUCAUCAUGGGCGCAGAGCAGCGCGCAAUUCGCGCGACGGCCGGUGGUGGUGGUAGCGGCGAUGGCGGUGGUAGCGCCGAUGUUGCUGGUGGUGCUGCUGCAAGCGAGCGUGGACCCGGUGUUUCUGGUGGUGGCGGUGGUGCUGCUGCACCCGACCGCACUGUCGAAGGGAACGAGAACGAUGAGAGGGGCGAAGAGGACGAGAAUGGCGAGAGGGGCGAGAAAACUGCGAAGACUGGGGAUGCAGAGGGCCGUGCGGCGGGUGUGAGCCCGUCAGUGCUGAAAUGGAGAGCGGCGGAUACUAACGAUCGUGACUUGUGCCCAGACCACCCGAGGAUGGCACUUGACGCGGAUUCGACUGCCGCGCACGCCUCUCCCGUGCGUCCAGCCCGACAGGAUCAGCCUGGGGAAUUGCCCAGUGAUAUUGGUGCUGCGAGCCGCAGCCAUGUGCAAGAGAGCAACGUGGGCAGUGAUACGAGGGUGACUGAGGGAGGACCCUGCACGCAAGUGUAUGGAGGGGAGUCGCAGCAGCACGUUUUGGGAGUGUCGGGCGAGGCUCCGAGCUGUCGCAAAGAGGCUCUUACGAACUGUGGCGAACAUUUGUCGCGGGCGUAUGUUACCACCGGCCGGAGGUCGUUUGUGGUUGGCUCGUUAGGCUCAACCCUUACGGAACGCGUCAAUGUACUUGAACACAAACCAACAACGAGUACAAGCGAUAGCGAGGAUGGCGAGACCGAAACUGCAAAUUCGGACGGAGGCAAUUCCAGCGUCAACAUUCACGCCUCAUCCCAUCUUGACAGCGGAGGCGCGGAUUCGAACGACGAUGGGUCAGGCGUGGUUGAGAAGGACCAGGGCGCGCGGGAGGGAGAGGGGGAGGUGGAAGGGGGAGAGCACAGCGCCUUGGGAGCAGCCGCGGGAUCGAACGGCGCUAAAGGCGGUGGGGACGUGGGCGAAGGUGACAACAGCGGUGGUGACAACAGAGGGGCCUCACAGACUGCGCGAGCUCGGCCGGCGGAAGACGGUAGCCGGGCGUUGGAAAUGCCGGCGGAAGAACAGCCGUCCCUUUCAUUGGGGGGCGCGGAAAGAAGGGGCGCGGAGCGUACGGGUGCGGAACGUACAGGCGCAGAAAGGACCCACAAAAGGGACGCGGGCUUGGUGAAGCCGCAGCCGCGCAGGGCGCUGAGCGGAAACCCCGCGAUUUCCGCGUCCUUCUCGAUUCCCGCAUCCCCCGCUUCCGGCUCCCCCCUUUUGGCGCCACCUGAGCCGAGUGUAUCCCAGUCCGCUGGCAGGGAGCGUCCAGCGGGGCGGGCGCCUGCCCUGCAGCCUGGAGCGCUUGUGCCUCAAUUGCAGCCUGCGGUACAGCCACAUUUGGGGAAACAGCCAAUGAAUGGCGGCCAAGGAGGUUUGGAGUGCGGUAGCCGCACGGCGAGUGGUGGGAGGGAGCCGGUUGGGAGAGAUGCGGCUGAAGGUGACCUGGCGUCAGGCGAAGCACGGGAGAAGCUUCCCAUGGCACGCGAGGGGUCAAAGCGCGCCAAGUCUCAGGAGAUUGGGGGAAGUCGAGGUGAUGAGGGGGGAAGAGGAGAAAGAAGAGGAGGAGGAGGAGGAGGAGGAAGAGGAGGGGUAGGAGGAGGAAGAGGAGGAGGGGUAGGAGGAGGAAGGGGAGGGGUAGGAGGAGGAAGAGGAGGGGUAGGAGGAGGAAGGGGAGGGGUUGAUUUGGGGGAUGGAAGUGGUGUGGGGGGGACUGCAACAGCAGCAGGGAAUGCGUCCAUUGUUCCUUGGCAUCCCAGCAACUCACCCGCAGCUACUAGUGGGGCGGCUUGUAUGGGGUUUCCAGUGUACUCGCCCCAAUUGCCUCCUAUUGGUAGCUACUUCGUUAUGAGCCCUCUGCAGCAGCAUCAUUUGAGCCCAAUGCAGCAGCAGCAGCAGCAGCAGUUUCAAAUCUGCUCCCUGCCGCCACAGCGUCACUUGAGCCCAAUGCAGCAGCAGCAGCAGGUGCAAAUCUGCUCCCUGCCGCCACAGCAUCAAAUGCACGCCAUGGCCCCUCAACACCAAACAUUCGCCCCCCAGCAGCAGCAAUACAUGCAUGCCGUGCCGCCGCAUCCGCACGCACUCCCGCCCCAGCAGCUGCAGCAGCAGUACGUGCAUGCCUUGCCCCAUGGCCCAUCUCCACCCAGGCCCCUGCCGCCUCUCCCCGUGCCUGUUGUCAUCGGUUCGCCCAUUCUCCACGGCUCCCAUCGCCCCCCAGCUUCUCGUGGGAACCAAGGGCAAGCAGUGAUGAUGCAAGGGGCGUCGGCCAUUCCCUUAGCACCAGGCGCCUACCUCCAGCCUGCUGCUUCCACAGGUGGGGUGUCUUCAGGAGGUGGGAGAGAAGGGGGAGGAAGAGGGGAAGGAAGCAGAGCGGAGGGAGGCCAAGGGGAGGGAGGACGAGCGAGUAAGACAUCACGAGGGGUACGAACCCCUUCGCCCCAGUCCUCAGCAAGUGCCUCCUUCCGCCCUUCCCCAGUCCACCCUCCCCCUCCCCCUGUGUACUCCCCGGCUGCUUCCUCCUGGGUGCCGUUUGCCCUGCCCCCUGCUGCCUCUGUUGGUUUGGAAACGGGUAAGCUUCCAAUUUACCCGAUAAAACCUGGGGUGCAGAAGGCUCACGCCAGGAGGAGGGAUGUUCGCCCGGAUGUGUCAGGCGCAGGCGAACAGCAAGUGGAGAGCUUGCAAGAGCAGCAGCAGCGCCAUAUGCAGCAGGUGCAGGAGGUGCUAGCAUACAGGCAAAUGGUCGCAGCUACGAAUAAGCCAAAAACGUGGGGUCAAGGGCACGUGAGAAUGCCAUCAGCAGCAGCAGCAGCAGCACCAGCAGCAGCAGUGCUAGCAGCAGCACCAGCAGCAGCAGUAGCAGCAGCAGCAAAAGCACAAGAAGUGCCACCAGCAGCAACAGGCCCAGUGUCCCUCACUCUGUCUCUACAGAGCAACAGCAGCAGCAGCGGCACCAGAGCUCAGCAACCCCUGGACCCUCAACCGAUUCGCGGCGCACAGCAAGCCCUUGCAGCACAAGCCACUGGCUUGCCACCAACCCUUGGCGCAGCAGCACCAACGCCCGGUGCACAGCCAGCUCUUGCAUCUCAAGCCAUUGGCUUGCGACCAGCCCUCGGCGGCGCAGCAGCACCACCCCCCGGCGCACAGCAAAGUGGUGCAGCAGGGGAGGGGUGGCAGCAGAGGCAGCUGCAGGCCCACGAGUUGAGGCGGCAAAGGGUGCAGAAGAUUCACCAGCAGCAACAGCAGCACCCGCACUCGCCCACUCAGUUCCGGCAGUUGGCUGAUCUGCAGGCGCAGAUUCAUAAGCAGCAGCAGAUGCAGAGCCAGAGGCUGUCAGUGCUGCCACACCAGCAGCAGCACCCCCAGCAGCAGCAGCAGCAGCACCUCCAGCAGCAGGUUCAGCAGGUGCAGCAGCAGCAGCAGCAGCAAGCGCCAAGGCUUAUGCUGGGUGUGAAGCAAGAGAGGGUUGAGCAGGGCGGGAGGGCAGACUCGCACUACCAGCCGCAGGGGAUGGAGCCAGGAAGGAGGGAGACCAGCCUGAGGCUCCUCAAGAGGAAGCGGGCGUUGAAGGAGGUGGUGGGUGGGGCAGGCGCGGCUUUGAGGGCGUGUAACAGUGAAGGGGAGUCAGGAGGCGUGCCUUAUCAGCGGCAGGGGCUUCCUGCUUAUCAGCAGCAGCAGAUGGGGCCGGCUUAUCAGAGCCAGUUGCUACCUUAUCAGCAGCAGCAGUCUACUUAUCAGCAGCAGCAGCAGCAGCAGCAGCCUGCUUAUCAACACCAACCGGAGGUUACAGGCAUGGGAACAGGCACGAGUGUAGGUCCGGAUGGAGGCAUGGGUGCAGGCUCGGCAACAGGGAUGGGAACGGGGAUGGACGUUGGCGGCUAUCCUGCUGACGUCAUGGGGGGAAUGAACCCAGAGGAUGACGUCAUAGACAUGCAUGUGGGGAUAGCAGCGGCGGCUGCGGCAGCAGCAGCACAGGCAGUGGCAGGUGGAGCCGGAGAGGGGGGAGGAGGCGAGGGGGAGAGGGAGCCUCCUGUCAAGUCAAGGUUCAGGGGCGUAAGCCAUCACAGGCUGACUAAGCGGUGGGAAGCCUCUCUCUGGACCAACAAGAAGCAGCUCUACCUGGGAGGCUACGAUGCAGAGGAGAAGGCGGCUCGCGCGUAUGACAUAGCAGCGCUGGCAUGCAAGGGGGCAGAGGCCAUCACCAACUACCCGAAGGAUACCUAUGCGGAUGUUAUUGGGGAGUACCUCGGGAUCUCCUGUGAAGCGCUCAUUGCGAAGCUGCGCAGGGAAAGCUCGGCGUUCUCUAGAGGUCGCUCCAAGUACCGGGGCGUGUCGGGCCAGGAGGGGCGGUGGGAGGCGCGCAUCGGGUCAUACUUUGGGCGGCGGAACGUGUCUCUGGGGGUAUACGAGACGGAGGAGGCGGCGGCGGAGCAGUACGACCGGGCGCUGAUCAUCCAGAAGGGCACGCGGGCCAAGACCAACUUCUGCAUCUCCAAAUACAUUGCAGAGCACCUGCAGCACGGCCAGGAAGGAGCGCUGUUCCCCAGCCAGCAGCCCCAGUCAUCUGGUAGCAGAGCGUGUCUUACCCAGGGAGCAGCAACAGAGAUCCCCCCAGCUGCACCAUCAGCAUCUUCCGCUUACCCGCUGUCAGCUGCGGUGGCAGCUGCUGCUGCAGCAGCAGCAGCAGGAGGAGGAGCAGGAGGAGGAGCAACUGGGGAAGGGCAUGGUGGAGUGCGGUUCGGAGGGGUGAAAAAGGGUCGGAUUACUCCAGGCUUUGAUGCGCUGUACCGCCGGGCGAUGGCGGAGAUAGUAGCCAGCUCCGCUCCCUUCGCUGCGGAGGAGCAGGACAGCAGGCCGGCUGUGGAAGAGUGACUGGCCUGCUGGGCUCUCUGAAACUACUUCUGAGGCGCCUAAAAAGAGUGAGUGGCCUGCUGGGGUCUGAAGUGCGGCCAAGGUGAUUGUCACAUUGCAGUCAAGCCAUGGUUGGCUUCACGGGCAGCCAUGCUUUAAGUUGUGGGCAACCAUGGUUGAUUUUGUUGGCAACUACGGUUUUUGUGAGCAACCAUGGUUGAUUUUGUGGGCAGCUAUGGUUGAUUUUGUGGGCAGACCUGCCUGCUCCCCGUUGGCUUCUGAAGAGCAGGACUACAGGCCGGUUGCGAGAGGGUGCCUGCUGGUGUUAAGGAUGCUGGGCUGGAGCCAUUGCUGCUGGCAUUUAAUUAAUUGGCGGUUUCGUCAUACUGUUCGCCUUUAGUGCUGGGAUGGGAUACUUUUGUCAUGGCAGGAUGGGUAGUUUGAUUGAAGCCUGAUUCUUUUGAU